AAUCAGUCAUUAUACAUUUAUUCGUACCAGUUACCAGAGCCCAAAAUGAAACUGCAAAAGGGCCUCACGGGAAGGCCUUAAGUGGGAAAAUGGAAAAUGAGGUGCGGCACGGCGGCGUCGCCGAUCACUGGUGGUGGGCAGCUGCAAGCACCGGCCAAUUAGGAUGGGGAAUCUCCGCUUUUAGAAGAGGCUAUGCCGGCGGUUCGUAUUUCAUGCCAUUCAAAGCAUUUUUCGUUGCCUCGCUCUUCCUAGGCGCCACCGCAUCCGCCGCCGUCGCAUCCCUUCGCGCCUCCGGCAUCCAUUCUGUAGAAGAUAUGAAGGCAAUGGGUGCACGCAUCAGAAGUGGGAUUGGGGUACCCCCUAGGAGGGCACGAGACGAAUGAGACGAUGAUUUAUUUAGCCUUGUCUAGCAAGUGGGGUGCCCUAGCAUGGUCUAUGUACUAUAUAUAUAUGGGAUUUUGAACUUUUUUCCAUUUUAUGUCACUCAGAUGCCAUUUUGUCAAAGGUCAAAACAAUGUGUAAUGACCAUGGAACAACUAGGAGUAUAAAUCUAAAACACCAAUAUUGUUGUGAACCACAAAUGGCCAAUGGCAUUGAACCAACUAAUCAUGUUCACUAUUUAAAUACUCUGUAUUGUAUAGUUAAAAGGAAAACACUUGGGAAACCCUUUUCAAUGCUUAUAUGUUAAGAGUCAUUUUUUGCGAUAU